UGAAGUUCUUCCGGUGCUCGAAUCCAGUACAUCCGCUCUCCAGACACGCCGCUGUUGAAUGUGUUUCAUGCACAUUGAGUGACUGAAGCGGGCGGAUGAUGAUGGAGCGGUAAAGUUCACGAUGUGUGUGUCCUGUGCCGGGGUUUGGAAUAAACACAUAGUGGACAGCAGCUAACACACGUAUGGCCUGCGAGUCGGCGUUACCUGCCAUCAUGGACGAGCAGGCCCUCAUGGGACUGAACCCCAACGCUGAUGCCCGCUACAGGCAGAGAGCGCUGGCAUAUUUUGAGCAAUUGAAGGAGUCUCUGGAUGGAUGGGAGGUUUGUGCUGAAGCUCUUUCUAAAGGUGUUUACAGUGAUGAUCAUGUGAAGUUCUUCUGCUUUCAAGUCCUAGAACACCAGAUCAAGUUCAGACACGGGUCGCUCACUGCAGCUCAACAGCAGCUGAUCAGAGAGACUCUGAUGAAAUGGCUUCAAGCUCAGUUGAUGAAUGUGCAGCCAGAGAUGCCGUUUAUCAGAAAUAAAGCGGCACAGGUUUUUGCCCUGACGUUUGUAACAGAGUAUCUGACACUCUGGCCCAAAUUCUUCUUUGAUAUUCUCACUCUGGUGGGGCUGAACCCAAACGGCAUUGACAUUUACCUGAGGACGCUGAUGGCCAUCGAUGCUGAGGUGGUGGACAGAGACAUCUUGCACAGCCCUGAGAAAGUCAUGCAGUUGUGGAACGACAUGAGGUUUCUAUCUCUUGUACUGCAGGAGACUCGCAGAAACACACUGAUUAAAGACACUAUGCGUGAGCAGUGCAUCCCAGCGCUGGUCGAGUCUUGGUUCCAGAUUCUGCAGACGUAUCAGCACACACACAGCGAGCUGACCUGUCAGUGUCUGGAGGUGGUGGGUGCGUACGUGUCCUGGAUCGACCUCAAUCUCAUCGCCAAUGACAGGUUUGUGAAUGUGUUGCUCAGUCACAUGUCUAUGGAAGAGCUGAGGGAGGAGGCGUGUGAUUGUCUGUUUGAGAUCGUCAAUAAGGGAAUGGACCCAGUGGAUAAAACCAAACUGGUGGAGUCUUUGAGUCGGGUGCUUCAGUCUGCAGGAUUCUUCAAUGUUGAGCAGGAGGAGGAUGUGGAUUUUCUGGCAAAGUUCUCUCGGCUGGUUAACGGGAUGGGUCAAUCAUUGGUGCUGAGCUGGACUAAACUCGGUAAGACAGGGGAUGGGAAGGUGUCCGCGGAAACACUGCGUGCUCUGGAGGCGAAAGUCCCCCUCAUGCUACAGCUUUUAAUUCAUGAAGACGAUGAUAUUUCUGCAAACAUUGUGGGCUUCUGUUACGACUACCUGCAUGUGCUUAAACAGCUCCCGGUCCUCACUGAUCAGCAGAAAAGUAAUGUGGAGGCAAUCAUGCUCGCUGUGAUAAACAAGCUCAAGUAUGAUGACGAGUAUAACUUUGAGAACGAGGGUGAAGAUGAGGCCAUGUUUGUUGAAUACAGGAAGCAGUUAAAGAUGUUGUUGGACCGAAUAGCUCAAGUUUCUCCUGAGCUUUUACUGGAGUCUGUGCACAGAGUUUUCAACAGCACCAUGCAGAACUGGCAGACGGUGCAGUUCAUGGAGGUGGAGGUGGCCAUCAGGCUGCUGUAUAUGUUGGGUGAAGCUCUGCCUGCAUCUCACGGAGCUCAUUUCUCUGGAGACGAGACUAAAGCUAGCACACUGCAGGCCAUGAUGAGAACUCUCAUCUCCUGCAACGUGAGCGAGUAUCAGCAUUCCUCUGUCAGUUUGGAGUUCUUCGAAACCGUCGUCCGUUACGAUAAAUUCUUCCUCGUGGAUCCGCAGCACAUUCCCAAUGUCUUAAUGGCGUUUUUGGAUCAUCGUGGUCUGAGACACAGAAGUCCUAAAGUGCGCAGUCGAGUGGCUUACCUGUUUUCACGCUUCAUCAAAACCCUGCAUAAACACAUGAAUGCAUUUAUCGAGGACAUAUUGAGCAGAAUACAGGACCUGUUGGAGCUUGCACCCCCGGAGAAUGGGUUUCCAGCGCUGUUGAGUAGUGAUGAUCAGCUGUUCAUGUUUGAGACGGCCGGUGUGCUGAUCGUAAACGGAGAGUCUCCGGCUGAGCGUAAACAGGCUCUGAUGCGCAGUCUCCUCACACCACUGAUGGAGGCGUUCCGCAUGCUGCUUGCAAAACUGCCACAGGAAGCUACUGAAGAGAGACAGACGGUGCUGGCCGACUGUCUGAGUCACGCUGUGGGCUUUGCCAGUCGCACCAGUAAGGCGUUCAGUAAUAAGCAGACGGUGAGGCAGUGCGGCUGCUCUGAGGUGUAUCUGGACUGUCUGCAGACGUUUCUGCCUGCACUUAGCUGUCCCGUUCAGCGAGGGCCGCUGCGUAGCGCCGUGCGUUCAUUCCUGCACCGUAUGAUCAUCUGUCUGGAAGAAGAGGUGCUUCCCUUCAUCCCUGCGGCAUCACAGCACAUGCUGAAAGACUGUGAACCCAGAGACCUGCAGGAGUUCAUCCCCCUCAUCAGUCAAAUCACAGCCAAGUUUAAGAACCAGGUGUCUCCGUUCCUGCAGGAAGUCUUCAUGCCGCUGGUGAUGGCCAUAUUUGAAGUGCUGUCUCGUCCAGCAGAGGAGAACGAUCAGACGGCAGCGUUGGAGAAACAGAUGUUGAGAAGAAGCUACUUCAGUUUCAUUCAGACGAUCGCUAGCAGUGGCAUGAACGAGGUCAUGGCCAGUCAGGGAGCCGGAAACAUUGAACGUGUGCUGUUCACCAUCAUCCAGGGAGCUGUAGACUUCCCUGACCCCGUCGCUCAGAAAACAUGCUUCAUUAUUCUCUCCAGACUAGUGGAGCUAUGGGGUGGCAAAGACGGUCUGGUGGGUUUUCCUGAUUUCAUCUAUAAACACAUCAUCCCAGCAUGUUUCAUGGCCCCUCUAAAGCCGACCUUUGACCUUUCCGAUGCUCAGACUGUCUUAACUCUAUCGGAGUGCACGCUAACACUGCAUAUGAUUCAUCUCAAAAGAGGGCUGGAGUGUAUUCAGUUUCUACAGGAGUAUUUGCCCUCACUGCAGGUGUCACCUGAAAUUACACAGGAACUCUGUCAGGUGCUCCAGCAACCAGACGUUAAAGUUCUGAAGAACUACAUGAAGGCUUUCUUCCAACAGGCAAAACUUUAAAACUGGAAUUGUCGCGUGGAGCGUUUCAAAGCCACUUACAGACCACCAUAAUGACGGCGCUUUAGCAUAGAAGCUACUUUUGCACUUAAAGAGAAGCGUAACCACACUCAUCCUGUCUGUGGGACUUGGACCCCAAACACGGGUCACGUGACAGUGACCACGCCCCCACAGCGGCCUUGGCUUAAUCAGAGUCGUGCUCUCCAUGGGGGCUUAGCCGUCUGGACUGGUGAGAUUGUCUGUGAUUGGUCAAGACAGAGAGCCGAUGGCAUGUAGGUGGGGUUUGUGAGGGUGGGAGGGGCUUCAGUUCCGGACAGAAUUUCAAGGGAAAAUCAAGUUUAAUGUUUUCCUGUUGAAAUGUGCAGGAAAUAAAUGUUUUGGUUAUUGUUUGGAAAUAUGACCCAAAUGUUACAGAAAAUUCUCUUUGGAAAUGAGAUGGUUAUUAGAAUUAAUUUAAUGAAAGGUUUAUUUUUGGAGAAAUCAGUGGAUUUUUCUCUAGAAUUUCAGUAUAAGAAGAGCUGGAUUAAGACUGUAUAUAGUUAUUAGUUUUAACCUUGUGGAAAAGCAGCGUAGGUUUUAGUUUGAAGUGAUGAGGUUUAAAAAAAAAAAUGGAAGUGCUCUUUAUUGUUUUUUGGGCCUAAAAUAUUUGUCCUUGCAUUUAUUUUUUUUUGUUUCAUGCUCUUUAAUUGUUCGUAAACUGCGAAAUUAUCAAUUUAUAAGGCAAUUUUUGUUCUAUCAAAUAAACCCUCUUCAUUUUCCAUGAAAUGUUCCUGACAAAUCUGUACUCGUAAUUCGACUUCACAUCGCUUCCAAACAAUUCAACACUGAAUGUUUAGCCGGUCCAUCAUAUUCUGAUGAUCUUGUGUUUGGAAAAACAUAUAUGAAAUAUGCAAUGUCUGUAAUGUUACAAACUGUGAAAAAUCUUUCUAACGAGGUUUGAUCCCUGGAUCUGCAGUGUGGCAAAUGUUUCGGUUGGGUUACGCUGCUAGGUUUGUUUAUUUUGGGAAAAGCUGAAAAUUCCCCGCCUGCCCUGCUCUUACGGAAUAUUCCAAUGUCAUUUGUAGGAAGGAGAUAUUAUGACUGACAAUCUGUGUUGUAUUCCUUGAGACACUCAUAUGCUGAUCUGUCAUGGCAAAGAACAUGUGCAAAGUUCUGCAGAUAGGUUUGGCAUAAACAUUUGAUCGUCACAUUGGCUUUAGUGUUUAAGAAUCAUGGAAAUUAAAAAAAAAAAUGUUGAACGAAGCACUUUGCCAUGAACAGGGGUGUAAUUUCUAAUAUUAAAAUGACCAUUGAUCUCUCCGCCGUGACACAUGAACGUUUGGUUUAGACUUCCUGUGACCUGUUACAUAUCAGAAACGCUCCAGUCCUGCUCUUCAAAAACCCACUGUAUUUAUGCCAAAUAAGAGGAGAGGAAGACAAAGGUAGACUGAACUGUCUUUGUCGAAACUUGAUUUAUUUUUGAUAUGCUGAGACGUGCUCCCCCACCUCACUUCCACUUUGUGGAUCUUUUGUCAUGACCAAUAAAGUAUUUACUAAUCUCA